AACAAGCCGGCGAUAGGUUCUGUUGCUCCAGUACUACUUUUUUUUUUCCUACUCACCUCCCCUUCCCUGAAGAGUUUGAUUCAAAGUUGAGAGCCAAGAUGGCGGCCGAUUCUGUGCAGGGUGAUGCGAGAAGUCACCUGGUCUCUGAGCGGCUUGGCCUGGGCCACAACCUGGACCUGUCUGACACGAUGGUGCAACAGAAACUCGACGAAAUCAAGGACCAGAUCAAGAGGGAGAUCCGCAAGGAACUUAAAAUUAAAGAGGGGGCGGAGAACCUCAGAAAAGUUACAACUGACAAGAAGAGUUUGGCCUAUGUGGACAACAUGUUGAAAAAGUCAAAUAAAAAGGUGGAGGAGCUGCAUCAGGAGCUGCAGGAAUUAAAUGCACACAUUGUAGUGAAGGAUCCAGAAGAUCUAUUAGAUUGCCCUAGAACGCCAGACACCCCCAAUAGUACCUCCACAAACAGCAGACUAGCAGCUUUGAAGAAGCAGCAUGAUAUUGAACUAAAAGUGAAACAGGGAGCAGAGAACAUGAUCCAAAUGUAUUCAAAUGGCUCUUCAAAGGAUCGUAAACUGCUUGGAACUGCACAACAAAUGCUCCAAGACAGCAAGACAAAAAUGGAAGUCAUCAGGAUGCAAAUUCUGAAAGCAAUCCAGACUAGUGAAAUGGCCUUUGAUAGUACGGAAGGUAUAGUUUCCACAGCCAAACCUGUGAUCAGCCCGCUUGAGUUGCGGAUAGAGGAACUGAGACACCACUUCCGGAUAGAAUACGCAGUAGCAGAAGGAGCCAAGAAUGUCAUCAAGCUGCUUGGAUCUGGAAAAGUCACUGACAAGAAAGCACUUUCUGAAGCUCAAGCUAGAUUUAAUGAGUCAAGCCAGAAAUUAGACCUUUUAAAAUACUCAUUGGAGCAAAGGUUGAAUGAGCUUCCCAAAAACCACCCGAGUACCAGUAUUAUAAUAGAAGAACUAUCUUUGGUAGCAUCGCCAAUAUUAAGCCCUCGACACAGUAUCAUUUCUACACAAAAUCAAUACAGCACAGUCGCCAAACCGGCCGCAUUAACAGGUACCCUAGACGUCAGACUAAUGGGCUGCCAAGACCUUUUGGAGAAUGUACCCGGCCGAUUAAAAACUACAUCUGUUCCUCUACCGGGUUGGAGCCCAAGUGAAGCCAGGUCUUCCUUUAUGAGUAGAACUACCAAAAAUAGGAGUGGAAGCAGUCGAAACCUUUCGAAAACAGAUGACUUGUCCAAUGAGAUCAGUGCUGUAUUGAAGUUGGACAACACAGUUGUUGGGCAGACUGGCUGGAAACCUAUUUCUAAUCAAUCGUGGGAUCAGAAGUUUACACUGGAGCUGGAUCGGUCGCGUGAAUUAGAAAUGUCUGUGUAUUGGCGAGACUGGCGGUCACUUUGCGCUGUCAAGUUUCUGCGGUUAGAGGAUUUCCUUGACAAUCAGCGGCAUGGAAUGGUUCUGUACCUUGAACCUCAGGGUACGCUCUUUGCAGAGGUUACAUUUUUUAACCCUGUUAUUGAAAGGAGACCAAAACUUCAAAGGCAGAAAAAGAUCUUUUCGAAGCAACAAGGCAAAACAUUUCUGCGAGCCCCUCAAAUGAAUAUUAAUAUUGCAACAUGGGGAAGACUGGUGAGGAGAGCAAUCCCCUCAAUAAAUAACUCUGGCACAUUUAGCCCUCAGGUUCAAGUGCCUGCAGCAGUGCCAGGGGAUACACUGGUCCCAGAAUCCCCUUCGUCACCGAGUGACUCAACAGUGACAAAAUUAGAAUUUGAACAGGAACCCCCUCCAACUCCUAAGAGACAUUCCUCUGUGGCUGAGAUUAGAGAGUCCAUGCCAGAAAUUAAGAUUGCAGACUGCAUGCAGAUACAGGAUGCAUUAGCAACGUUUGACUUCCUGAAUGACAGAAAUAGCACUGUACCCAGACCAGAGACACAAGUUAUUGCUGAGAAUGAAGUUAAGCAGCCAGAUUUGGAGUUAAUGACCAUUCCAGAACCUACAGAUAGCAGGGUGCAGCAAAGAUUUCAGUUCGGCCUCAGUGAUUUCCAUUGUGUUGCAGUGCUGGGCCGUGGGCAUUUUGGAAAGGUGCUGCUUGCCGAAUACAAAAACACAGGAGAAAUGUUUGCCAUCAAAGCCUUAAAGAAAGGGGACAUUGUAGCGCGUGAAGAGGUAGACAGCCUUAUGUGUGAAAAGAGAAUCUUCGAAACUGUGAACUGUGUCCGGCAUCCGUUUUUGGUGAACCUUUUUGCCUGUUUCCAAACCAAAGAUCAUGUAUGUUUUGUCAUGGAAUAUGCUGCUGGAGGAGAUCUUAUGAUGCACAUUCAUGCAGAUGUGUUUUGUGAACCUAGGGCUGUGUUUUAUGCUGCUUGUGUUGUCCUUGGUUUGCAGUUUUUGCACGAACAUAAGAUAGUGUACAGAGAUUUAAAGCUGGAUAACCUGCUGCUUGACACUGAAGGUUAUGUAAAGAUUGCCGACUUCGGCCUUUGCAAAGAAGGUAUGGGAUUUGGAGAUCGUACAAGUACGUUUUGUGGUACUCCGGAGUUUCUUGCUCCAGAAGUUUUAACGGAAACAUCUUACACACGGGCAGUGGAUUGGUGGGGACUUGGUGUACUUAUCUUUGAGAUGUUAGUUGGUGAGUCUCCUUUCCCAGGUGAUGAUGAAGAGGAGGUGUUCGACAGUAUCGUUAAUGACGAAGUCCGCUACCCAAGAUUCCUGUCUACUGAAGCCAUCUCCAUAAUGAGAAGGUUGCUGAGGAGAAAUCCAGAAAGACGUCUUGGAGCAGGGGAAAAAGAUGCUGAAGAAGUGAAAAAGCAUCCUUUUUUCCGAAACGUUGAUUGGAAUGGUCUGUUAUCAAAGAAGGUGAAGCCUCCAUUUGUACCUACAAUUAAAGGCAGUGUUGACGUCAGUAACUUCGAUGAUGAAUUCACCUCGGAAGCGCCCAUUCUGACCCCACCUCGGGAGCCCAGGGUCCUUACAGCGCGCGAGCAAGAAAUGUUCCAAGAUUUUGAUUAUAUAGCGGACUGGUGUUAGACCUCAGACUUUCAACACUGUGAAACGCAAUAGCUGACUGUAGCUCACAACCUCCUCUUCUGAAGAACUGGGGUUCUUCCAGCCUGUUGUGCACUCAGUGACAUUCAAGGAUCUUUGACUUUUAAAGCAAAUGAAGAUUAUUUUAUUUUUUCUUGUUUCCAUUAUAUAUAUAUAUAUAUAUAUAUAUAUAUAUAUAUAUAUAUAUAUAUAUAAAGACCUGUCAAAAGAAGUGGCCAAUGUCCAUUUUGUUUUGUCUGAGCACUGGGAUUUUUUUUUUUUUUUUUUUUUUAGGAUGUCUGUUUGGGGAAACACAAAAUCCACCUUUUUGAUUACUUUGGGAUAAUUACUGUAAAAAACAUGCAUUGUCUCCAGGUUUGGAUUUUUAAUUUUUUUUUUAUGUCUAAACUAUUUUGGUCUUAGGUAAAUGAUCUUUUAGAUUUUUUUUUUUUUAAGGCCAGAAUGUGCCACAUUAGACUUCAGGUGCUUUAGAAUACCAGCCCUGCGGCAUGGUCUCACCAAGUAAUAAGGCAAUGACAGUCUUGACUACUUUUUUAACUUUUAUUCGGCCAGCAAUGUGCAUUUUUUUUAUUCAAAGACUGGGUAUCAUGAGAAUCGUUUUGUCUUGAUUUUAUCUGGAACACUAAUCUUGGUCCUUGCCUUGUACAUUUUUAUUGUAUUUAUUAUGUAUAACAACUAGAUGCCUUAAUUUUGUGAGACGACAAUAUGUGGGCUUCCAUUCAGCAAAAGACAGGUACUGAACACCUACCAAAGCCACUUGCCAAACACUUGAUAGUACAUUGGGCCCAGGUGACACCUUCUAAAAAGAACAAAGGAACAUUACAAAAGAAAGUCUUGAGUGUGACUAAAUGACGGCCCAGAUUUGUCCUUCUUGGAGGUUUUCUACAGUCUCCUGUAUUUGUAUUGUCCUUCCAUGUUAUGUGAACAAAUAUAAGAUUAUAAUUUUAUACUGUAUUUUUAGUACAUCGGUGCAUCUUGCAUCUGCUGUAGAUGUUAACCAUUUUUGUAAAGCCUGUAGGGAUGUAUGACAAUGUAUACAAGCUGUAAUGUGUAAGUUUGGAACUUUUUACUUUAGUUUACAUUCACAGAGAAAAAGAUACGUUUUUUCUUAAUUACAGUGGCCAUCCGAAGGAGUAAAUUAAGCUUUGAAUUCUCAAAAUGGAAUGUAAAAUAAAAAAUAAAAAAAUUAUAUAUAUAUAAUUUUUUUUUUUUUUUUUUUUCACAAAGCAAAGUGUAUAUUUUGGCUUAUAAUAUGCCAAAGCAGGCUGUAUCUUAAACUGCUAAACGUUUUUCUCUUUUAAAACAUAGUUCGUACAUUUUUUUACAUUUAAGGCACCGGUCAGUCCUGUAAUGUACUUAUGUUGGAACAGUUCCUUGGUCUACAAGAGCAAUACUGCUGAAAACAUGGUUCAAUGUUUGCACUUUUAUUCAGGUAUUACUCGGGUUGGGGCUUGACAGUUUUUUUUUUUAAAUAACCUGAUCAGUAUAAUCUCCAUGUAAUUACAUUUUACACAAUGGUUAUUACAACAGCAGAAAAUCCUGUAGACCUGUUACUCAAACAGUUUGUAAAAGACUGAGGUAAUGGAGAUAUUGAAGGCAUUAUGUUUGAUAUAAACUGAUUUCAAGCCACAUGUCUCAAAUUGCUGAGUACCAAAACAUUUUUUUUAUUGUACUUUGAGAUACAGCCUGAUAUUAGAUAUCAGAUCCAGUGUUUUUGAUUUGGUGGCACCGGUAAAACCAAGAAUAAUAUGUUUAUAAACUGAAAGUACAAUAACCUUAGCUCAGUAACUAAAGUUGUACAGAAAAUCAUUUUUAAAUAUAAAUCACUAAGGGUAUAAAGGGGGCAGGGUAUAUGUACACAGUUGAGCUCAAAGCACUAAUUGUAUCUAUGUAGUUUUAUAAUGUAUCAACUUUUUAGCCUAUAAAAAGAUAAUAGAUUGUAAAUACAUUUUCUAUAUACAUUUUAAAAGUGUCUGCUUGAGCACUUUUGUGAGGAGUGACGCUUUAGAAUGGUACACUACAUUUAAGUUAAAUGUGUGCUGAUAAGGUUAUGACCAAGAAAAUCAUGAGUGUUUUGCAGUCGGUAUGCAUAUCACGAAUGCACAAAUUAAAAGAAAUUUGUAAUAGAACAGCCUUGUUUGUUUUUUCUGUAACUUUAACAGUUAAGUAAGC